GUUUCCAUCAGGCUUUGGUGUGAAGGGCAGCGGGGAGGGGGCAGCCCCCGCAGGGGCUAUUUCAGUCAGAGACAGACGUGGCAGGAAACAGAGGAAGCUGCCCUUUCAGAGGUGUUACAGCCCAGGCCGAGAGCAGAAGAGUGGAGAGCUUCAUGUCUGGCCUCCCCUUGACCCAACACACUUGGGGCCACCAAGGCGUGCGUUUCGGGGACAGGAGGCUGUAUGACCAUUGGAUUAAAGUUGUGAAUUCUCUCUGGACGAAAUGGAAAUGCCAUUGGGGAGAUAAGUAGACUGCAACCAAAAGAAGGACCAUGGAUUUGGAAGAUGGAGUCCAGGCUGAGAAGCCUCUCUGGAUGUAGGAAGCCCAGUUGAACAGGCAUGGCAUGGGGCAAUGGCACAGGCCAGGCCCUGGACGCGCCGCCCACCAACUGCGUCUACCGAGAGACCUUCAAGCAACUGCUGCUGCCACCUGUGUACUCGGCGGUGCUGGCGGUGGGCCUGCCCCUGAACGCCUGUGUCAUCGCCCAGAUCUGCACGUCCCGCCGGGCCCUGACCCGCACAGCCGUGUACACUCUGAACCUGGCCCUGGCUGACCUGCUGUAUGCCUGCUCCCUGCCCCUGCUCAUCUACAACUACGCCCAAGGUGACCACUGGCCCUUCGGAGACCUCACCUGCCGCCUGGUCCGCUUCCUCUUCUAUGCCAACCUCCAUGGCAGCAUCCUCUUUCUCACCUGCAUCAGCUUCCAGCGUUACCUAGGCAUCUGCCACCCUCUGGCCCCCUGGCACAAGCGUGGGGGCCGCCGGGCUGCCUGGCUAGUGUGUGGAGCUGUAUGGCUGGCCGUGACAACCCAGUGCCUGCCCACUGCCCUCUUUGCCUCCACAGGAAUCCAGCGGAACCGCACGGUCUGCUAUGACCUGAGCCCGCCCGCCCUGGCCACCCGCUACAUGCCCUAUGGCAUGACCCUCACUGUCAUCGGCUUCCUGCUGCCCUUUGUCGCCCUUCUGGCCUGCUACUGCUGCCUGGCCCGUCGUCUGUGCCGCCAGGAUGGCCCAGCAGGGCCAGUGGCCCAGGAGCGGCGUGGCAAGGCAGCCCGCAUGGCUGUGGUGGUGGCAGCUGCCUUUGCCAUCAGCUUCCUGCCUUUCCACAUCACCAAGACAGCCUAUCUGGCAGUGCGCUCUACACCUGGAGUCUCCUGCCCGGUGCUGGAGGCCUUUGCAGCAGCCUACAAGGGCACACGGCCCUUCGCCAGUGCCAACAGCGUGCUCGAUCCCAUCCUCUUCUACUUCACCCAGAAGAAGUUCCGCCAGCGGCCACAUGAGCUGCUGCAGAAACUCACGGCCAAGUGGCAGCGACAGGGUCGCUGAGUCCACCAGGGCAGGACACCUGGGGGCAGGGCAGCCAUUGUGUUUGCCACUGUGACUGGGGCACCAGAAGCUCCACCAGCUCCAAAGCAUGCAGAGAAUUAGAGCUUAGCCCAGCUGGGCAUAGACUGAGGCCCUCACAGAUCCCGAAACUUCAACAACUAUUUAUUAAACCCUUUUUCUGAACCAGGCUCCACGGGUACAGAGAGAGACAAGCCUGGGCCUGGUUCUCCAGAAGGCUCCAAGAAGCCAUGGAGAAUUCAGAAGUCAUGUUAAGCUUCUCACAAAAAUACAGUAUAACAUGUACUAUGAUUGAGGAGUAUGCAGCAUACUUUGGAGUCACCAAUAAAGGGAGUAAAAGAAGAUGG